UGACGUUUCCGACUCGUUAUUAAUUUUAGUUUUAACAUUUGAUUAUUUCCUAAUAUUCAUUUUAGAGGGUUGAGGAAUUUCGUUAUUUUUAAUAGUAAACGUCAAGAUUUAUAGAAAUUUACCUACUAAUAGUCGACUUACUACUUAGUGCAACAUACUGAGAUCACCGGCAAUAACACAUCGCAAUGACAACGACGGUGAAUAACUCACAAAAGAAAAGUAUGAACUCAAAUAAUGCUGCACCUGGUGGAGUACGUAAGAAGUCAGGUCCGAAGUUUGAAUUGACUGAGGAACAGCGUCGAGAUAUAAAAGAAGCAUUUGAUUUGUUUGAUACUGAAAAUACAGGAAAAAUUGAUACUAAAGAAUUGAAAGUGGCGAUCAGAGCCCUUGGUUUUGAGCCAAAGAAGGAAGAAAUCAAAAAGAUGAUUGCAGAAAUAGAUAAGGGUGAUGGGAAAAUAGCAUUUGAAGAUUUUCUUGAUGUAAUGACUGUAAAAAUGGCUGAAAAAGAUACUAAAGAGGAGAUUAUGAAAGCUUUUAAGCUCUUUGAUGAUGAUGAAACUGGCAAAAUUUCCUUUAAAAACUUAAAGAGGGUUGCAAAGGAGCUUGGUGAGAAUUUGACAGAUGAAGAGCUCCAUGAAAUGAUAGAUGAAGCAGACCGAGAUGGUGAUGGGGAAAUUAAUCAAGAAGAGUUUUUAAGAAUAAUGAAAAAAACUAGUUUGUAUUAAUUUUAGGAAUGCAUCUAUUUUCUUAAUUCAUUAUACUAAUUAGUAAUUAAAACAAAUAGAAAAAAAGCCUAAUAGAUCUAUUCACAAUUCUCAAAAGAAUUUAAGUUCAAAAUGUUUUAUGUUGUAUUGUGUACAUUUAAGGUUUUAGUUUUAAAAAUAUGGCUUAGUAGAUCUAUAAGAAUAUAUUGUUUUAUGCAUUUUUCUUUAUAGAUGAACAUUUGAUGUAUAUUUAUAUUUUGCAUAGUAGGACAGGAAAAUCAAGUUGUACUUUUCCCACCAAAAGAUUAAAAUGAGUUCACAUAAUAUCACUAAGAAACCUGUUAACAAUGUUUAAGUAAAGUAACAAAUAAAUUGAAAUAUAAAAUUUCCUAUUGAAAUGGUUAAAAUUUCAUAGCUUAUUUGGUGAUUGUUCAACUCCAAUGAACUUUAUAAUGAAUAGUUCUUAGUAGCUAAUUCACGACUCUACUUGAACAGUGCGUCUUAAAAACAGUGAAGCCAAGCAAUAUUGAAUGUUGUGAAGCCUUAAUCAUUUAUGUUGGUCAAACAGAUGUUAGUUCAAGCCAUUAAGAUCUAUUUUUGUACACCAUUUGUGCUUUUCACUCUAUAUCGCACAAAUAUAGAUUAAAAAUUCACUUAUAGUAUAAGUUAAGAAAUCUGUUGCAAAACUAUUUUACAGACUGUGAUAAAUGUAUUCAUUUUCUCUAUAUUUUGUAAGCAACAAUACAGCUUUUAAUAUGUCUAGUCACAUUCCAGUUUGUUAUAAUAACUUUUUAAAUAAUUCGAACCAUAAAGUAAUUUCUUAAUAAUUGAGAAGAAUUAGCAUACCUACCAUGUAGCAUGUCAUUGUCUAUGUCUAAAGUUUCUAAUGGAUUGUAAGUUUUACUUUAAGCAUCACCAAUCACUAGCGUUUAAUAAAUUUCACCUGAAAUAUGAUUAGGAAAUAUUGAUUUUUAUAAUAUUCUAUUGCAGAAUUUAAA